GCCCACAAUGACCUUUAUCCGGCAGGGCAAACUAUCCUCGUUCUAUCCUCACAAUCAUAAACCAAGAUAGUCACGAUGGGAUCUAUCUCUUCGACAUCCCCUUCCGUGGUCCCAGCUGACAAUACCCCCUACUUCACCCCCGCCAACAAUGCAGGCGCCGCUGUCAACCCCGACGACCCCAACACUCCCACCCUCUUCAAACCCUUGCGCAUCCGUGAUGUGACCCUCAAGAACCGCAUCAUUGUGUCCCCCAUGUGCAUGUACUCCGCCGAGUCGAACCCCGCCUCCCCCUUCGUCGGCGCCCUGACCGACUACCACAUCGCACACCUGGGCCAAUUCGCACUGAAAGGUGCCGGCUUGGUCUUCGUCGAGGCACAGGCCGUCCAGCCCAAUGGACGUAUCUCGCCCAACGAUGCCGGUCUUUGGCAGGAGGGAACCGACUCCGAACAAUUCAAAGGUCUCCAACGCGUCGUCCAAUUCUCCCAUAGCCAGGGUGCCAAGGUGGCCGUUCAGCUGGCCCACGCCGGUCGGAAAGCCAGUGUGUUGCCCCCAUGGGUAGCAGCGCAAGCCGGAAAACCCAGUCUCCGGGCCGAGGAGAGCGUCUUCGGAUGGCCGAAGGACGUGGUCGGGCCUAGUGGCGGUGAAGAAAAUAUCUGGGACCCCGCGGAGGGCAGAUUUUGGGCUCCCCGAGCAUUGAGCACAGCAGAAAUCAAGGAGGUGGUCCAAGCGUUUGCGAAGAGCGCAGAACUGGCGGUGAAGGCUGGUGUCGAUGUUAUCGAGAUCCAUGCGGCACACGGGUACUUGUUGAAUCAGUUCCUGAGCCCCGCGACCAACAAGCGCACCGAUGAGUACGGCGGUAGCUUCGAGAACCGUGUUCGCAUUGUCCGUGAGGUUGCGACUGCCGUCCGUGCUGUCAUUCCGAAUGGUAUGCCGGUGUUCCUCCGCAUCAGUGUGACCGAUUGGCUUGAGGGUCAGCCUGUGGCUGCCGAGUCGGGUAGCUGGGAUCUAGAGAGCUCUCUCCGUUUAGUUGAGAUCUUGCCGGAAUUGGGCAUUGAUUUGGUCGAUGUUAGCUCGGGCGGAGGUCAUAAAGACCAGAAGAUUAAACUGAGUCCUGGCUACCAGGUAGAUCUGGCCGGGCAGCUGAGAAAGGCGAUCCGGAAAGCGGGUGCAUCGACCCUUGUGGGAGGUGUGGGAUUGAUUACUGAGGCAGAACAGGCGCAGAGCAUCGUUCAGGGCGCCGAUGAAGCGCAGCAGGCUGAGGCCAUCGUGACGGCCAAGGCAGAUGUUGUUCUCUUAGCGCGUCAGUUCAUGAGAGAACCGGAAUGGGUCAUUAACACGGCGAAGAAGUUAGGAGUCAAGGUGACGCACCCACACCAGUUCUGGCGAGCAUUAUAGAUAUAAUAUGGGCAUAGAGGAUAUU